ACUUCUCAAGCUAAAGAAUAAUUCUCUGUUUUUCUUUUUUACAGUUAGAAACUAAAAAAACUAGUUUCUUCACAAUGCAUAUCUUCUUCUUCUUCUUCUUCUCUUUGAUUCUCUGUUUUGUUCUGAUUUCAUCAUCUCAGACUCUUGAAGACGACAAGAAAGCUUUGCUUGAUUUCUUGUCUCAUUUCAGUUCUUCUCAUCUCCUUUGGAAUCAGAGCUCUCCGGUUUGUCAUCGCUGGACCGGAGUUACCUGCAACGCAAACCGUGAUCGAGUUGUAUCCGUUAGAUUACCCGCGGUUGGAUUCAACGGUUUGAUUCCUCCUUUCACCAUCAGUCGUCUCUCUUCUCUCAAGGUUUUAAGCCUUCGAAAGAACCAUUUCACCGGAGACUUCCCUUCUGAUUUCAUUAAUCUCAAUAACUUGACUCAUCUCUAUCUACAACACAACCGCUUCUCUGGUCCUUUACCAUCGAUUCUCUCCGAGUUGAAGAAUCUCAAGGUUCUUGAUCUCUCUAACAAUGGAUUCAACGGAAGCAUCCCAGCUUCUCUUUCGGGUUUGACCAGCCUUAGAGUCUUGAACCUCGCAAACAAUUCCUUCUCUGGAGAAAUCCCCGAUCUUGAUCUUCCAAAGCUGAGUCAACUCAACUUGUCCAACAACAAACUCAUCGGUACAAUACCAAAGUCUCUUCAAAGAUUCCAAAGUUCAGCCUUUUCUGGCAGGCAGAAGAAACAACACCACAAGCUUCCUUUCGGGUUAAACCAGGUUGCUUUCCUGCUGAUUCUGGCUGCAGCUUGCGUGUUAGGUGUCUUCGGGUUCUCCUUUAUAAUGAUCGCUUGCUGCCUACGGAAGAAAUGCUUCCCAGGGAAACUGAGGAAGAGAGACUCGUCUUCUCCUCCUCCAGGAAACUGGACGUCUAGAGAUGAUAACACUGAAGAAGGCGGGAAGAUCAUCUAUUUCGGUGGAAGGAACCAUUCUUUUGAUUUAGAUGAUUUGCUAACCUCAUCAGCAGAAGUUUUGGGGAAGGGUGCUUUUGGUGCAACCUAUAUGGUAACAAUGGAGGACAUGAGCACAGUCGUAGUGAAGAGACUGAAGGAAGUUGUAGUUGGAAGACGAGAGUUUGAGCAGCAAAUGGAGAUCAUUGGUAUGAUCAGACAUGAGAAUGUAGCUGAGCUAAAGGCUUACUACUAUUCCAAAGAUGAUAAGCUCGCUGUUUAUAGCUAUUACAGUCAAGGAAGCCUCUUCGAGAUGCUGCACGGAAUCAGAGCAAGGUAUCAGCGAGUACCUUUAGAUUGGGAUGCAAGAUUAAGAAUAGCAACGGGGGCAGUAAGAGGGCUGGCUAAAAUCCAUGAAGGGAACAAUGGUAAACUCAUCCACGGCAACAUCAAGUCCUCAAACAUCUUCUUAGACUCACAAUGCUAUGGCUGCAUAGGCGAUCUUGGCUUGACGACAAUCAUGAGAUCUCUGCCUCAAACCACUUGCCUUACUUCAGGUUACCAGGCACCUGAAAUAACAGACACGAGAAGAAGCACACAGAUUUCAGACGUAUACAGCUUCGGAGUGGUUUUACUCGAGCUCUUGACAGGGAAAUCACCGGUGAGUCCAGCGGGCUUAGCACCAAAAACAGCAACAACAACACAAGGCGAAAGCAUGGAUUUAGCUAGCUGGAUAAGAAAUGUGGUGGCGAAUGAGUGGACAGGGGAGGUUUUUGAUAUGGAGAUAUUGAGUCAAUCAGGUGGUUUUGAGGAAGAAAUGGUAGAGAUGUUGCAAAUAGGAUUGGCUUGUGUUGCUCUGAAGCAACAAGAUCGACCUCAUAUAUCUCAAGUUUUGAAAAUGAUUGAAGACAUUCGAUCAAUUGAUGCAGAAUGAGAGAACGAACACAAAGUUACUUGUAGCCCUUUUAAAGCAAUUCUUUUAUUGAAUCUGAGAAGUGAAUGCUAUUUGAGUGGUGAUUGGUUACAGUAAACAGAGCAGAUUUUGUAAAAAAAAAAAA